UUCGCUCAUUGCCGGUUUCUGUGUGCUACGUAAAAAGUUUAGAUUCUCACCAAAAUGGUUAUUUUGUGUGCCUAAAAUGAGUGUUUUACUGAUCCAGCUCCUGGAAUACAGUUUUACGGUGUUUGUGGGAGGUUUUGAGGUUCGGUGUGUGAUACGCUGCCGUGUCAUGUGAUCAUUCUGAAGCGGGAAUUUACAUCGGAUUUCUGUGAUAAUGGAUUCGAUUGCUGAUGAGAACUACCGGAGCAUCAACCUUCCUUAUAAACCAGAUUCCGGCCACGAUUCGGAUGAUGACUUAGACCAAAAUGACGUGGUCAUCAGGAACCCGCGGCUCUCCUCCAGCUUCCUGCUGGCCGACGGAGGAGACGGCUCCGAGGCCGACCUGCUCGGGACCACUCCUCCGCGCUCCAGGAUCAGGAGCAAGGAGAUCAAGAGGAACACCGAUCAGUUUGUGCAGAAGCAGGCGGUCCGAGUGAAGAGAACCGGCUCCGACAGCAUCUUGAAGUCCGAGUCGGCGCCGGUGGUGCCAGAACGGCUCAAGAAACGAGCCAGCUUGAAGUUGCGAGAGGCAAGGGACUGGAAGCAAGACAUGAGCCAGCGGGAGCACCGGGCGGAAUCGCUGCCUUCGCCCGUCGGCCCGGCGCCCGCUGUGCCUACCUUGGUGAGUUGGAUCGUGGAGUCAUGCAACCGCUUCAUGUCUCUGACCUCCCGUCUGAAGUGCCGCGACGCGGAAUGCUUACCAGAAGAGGACGUGGAGGUGGAGCGUCGGCGUUGGCCCGAGGUGGCGGUCCCUCCCAGCCGCGUGUCCUUCCACAAGACCUUCAGCCUGCUCAUCAACAUGGGGAAUAUUGAAAAGGGCUGUCGGCGGACGAUAAGCCGCGAAGAACAAGUGUGGCAGAACGAGCUCAAAGACCUGAUCUGGCUGGAGCUGCAGGCGCGCGUGGCGGGCCGCUCGCUGGCGCAGCAGGACGCCUUCCUGUGCUCGCAGCGCGACGGCGUGCCAGCGGUCGUCAGCAACAUCGUGGGCUACCGGUUCGUGAACCCGAACCCGUGUCGAGCACGCGUGACUCGGCUGUGCGCGGUGGCAGGAUCGCGCGAGGACUUGCAUUCUGAAUCCGAGGGAAGGGAGGACGAUGAGGCAGAGAACUUAGAUGAUGACGGCACAGGCUGCCUGAUGUUCAACUGCCGCUCCUGCACGGACGCCGUGGGCAAAGCCAUGCAAGAAGUCAACGCGCUCAUCGACGCUUACUACAAUGCAUUAGCGCUGUACCCGUCCUGCAAGGCUAUGACCGUGGACCACCCGCUCGUGGCCACCGAGCCCUUCCAGAACCGGAUCAAGGCGAUGUGCCUAUGGUACAACACGGCGCUGCACAUGCGGCUCAAGAUGUUAGCUGUCCGCCGCAUGAUGCGCACGCUGCGCCACAAGCGGCGCCGGCCCACGCCCACGCCCACGCCCAGUUCUACUGCCUCCGACAACCCGCUCAGCAGACAAUGCUCGGAAGCCAGCCGGCCCUGCCUAGUGCGAUUCAACUGCGACAACCCUAGUGACUCUAGCAACAGUGAAUGCAGCACGCACUCGCUCAAGGAAGACGUCACCAGCGGAGAGGACAGCGCGAAGGAUGAGGCCGUGGAUGACAGGCGGGAGGACGAGGUUGACUGUGCCAUUGCGAAUGGCGGUUCUUCAGCAGAAGCCAACGGGCAGCUGACGCCGGAGAUCGUAAUCUCGGACAAGUACGGCACCAGCGACACCAGCGCCAGCAGCGAGAGCGGCUACAGCAGCGGCGCCGACGCCGCGCGCCAGGACGUCUACCGCAUGGGCCCGCUCGACGACAUCACCAGGUUGCGCCUGCUCGGCAAGUGCCAGGUGUCGCCGUAUAGAGAGUACCACCACGAGAUGCUAAAGACGCAGGGCGUGCGGCGCUGCAUGAUGUUCGUCAACAAGAUGUGCAGCCACGUGCUGCACAAGGUGCACGUCACGCUCGAGAUGCCCGACAGCGUGAACCCGGAGGGCUACCAGGAGGACGCGACGGUGGAAGUGUUCGACGACACCAAAGAUGAUGAGGACAAGACUGAAAACUCUAAGAAGGACGAAUUCAGCGACGCUGCUGAAUUAAGGAGAUACGGGUGCUGGUCGGAGGAGAACCUGGCCAUGCGGCUGCCAUCAUACAGGAACCACUUCCUGACGCUAAGCAGCAUCUGCAUGGAGGCCGUGCACGACUACCUCUCGCUGCGGCUCGAGGCGCGCCCCGAGCGGCCCUCCUGCCUCACCGUUAAGCAGCUAAUCCACGAGCUAAAGGAAGGUCUGGAUAUCUCGACGGAGAUGCGGCGCGACUUCGUCCGCAACGUCGAAGUGGCGCUGAAGGGACGGCCCGCACCCGCUGCCGCGAGACGUGACCUGCUGCUGUUAUUGAAGACUUAUGACGCCACCGUGGAAAGUGUGCUCAAGCAAUACCUGUCGUACCUCACGACGAUGUCGGAGACGGAGCUACUCGGGCGCGCGGGGCUACAAGCGGAGUGGGCCUUCACGGCGCGUCUGGCCCGCCGCGUGCGCUGCGCCGCCUUGCUGGCGCCCAUUACUUUCUCGGACAUUGCCUGCAAUCAAAUUAGUCGACUGCUCACUGAGUUUGAUCAAAAGUUCAACGAGGUAGAAAAAGAGUUGUCUCUCAACGAGUUUCGAGUUCCGAACCGAUACACGGCAUACAUGAUGUGCCGCGCCGUGCAAGACAUCUACGCUCGCUGGCGUGAACCUUUACUACACGCGGCACAGUGGGCUCGUGCGCUAGCGGCCAAACUGGCGCGCGCGCAGCCGCCUACCUUUGCUUCGCAAAGAGAGGCGAUCUUGAACAAAUUGCUGUCAAUGCGGGAGUUCCUAGUGCAGCAUACAUACAUGGUGCUGGACCGCACGAGCGUGCCGGACGAGGAGCUGGAGCUGACGGAGGGGCUGGUCACGCGCGUGCGGGUCAUGCUGCUGCAGAUGUUCAAGCUGGGCUUCGAGCUGCACAAAGAGCUGUUCAAGCUGGUGGCGCGGAGCCCCAUCGAGCGGGCCCCGCGGCGCCCCGCGUCCAUGCAGCCGCCUCGCCGCGCGCCCGCGGCCGGGGCCCGCCGGCGCCCCGACACCAUCAUCGUCAACGAGACCUUUAACCCCUCGAUACACAAGGAACUACACCGCGUGGUGCACGACACGCCGCGCGCGGCCGCCGCCCGCCGCCCGCACGCCUCACCCCCGCGGGGCCGCGUCCGCUUCACGCGGUCGGAGAGCAUCAACGAGGACGCCGUGUUCGACGACCGGCUGUUCGACACGCUCAAUUACGGCGAGAGCUAUACGCCGAUCGAGCGUCUCCUCUCAGGCGAUGAUGGGCAGCUUGAGCCAGCGACACCGGCGGCAUCGGCCUCAGGUGCCGGUCUGGAGGCGCGCGAGCAGCAGUGGGCGGCGGCGGUGGCGCGCGCCGUCAUCCAGUUCGCGCGCUGCUGGAUGCACUUCGUGGUGCGCCGCUGCGACCGCGGGCGCGGGCUGCGGCCCCGAUGGGCGAGUCAAGGGCUAGAGUUCCUUAUGCUGGCCUGUGAUCCUUGUAACACUAAACAUUUGACUGAGGAAGAGUUUGAGGAGUUAAAGUCUCUGAUGGACGGCUGCAUCUCGCACGUGGUGGGGUCGCGGCCGGCCGCCCCGCGCGCGCCCGACGCGCACGCCCCGCACACGCCCCACACGCCCCACACGCCCCGCGCGCGCGUGCGAUUGCACAUGGCGCGCCUCGUACAGAUUGGUCGACGCCUCGCGAGGUGUAGCUGCAUCCGCGAAGUGAGCCCGUCGCCCGGCAGUCCGCAGGCGCCGGCGCCGCACACGCCGCCGAGUGAGCCUGACUCGCUGCUCAGCUUCCAAGGAAUGGAGGUGCAAAGUCACAGCCAACGCGUGCUAGAUGCCGUCAGUCAAAUAGAAGAGACUCGCGACGCGAAGCUACGCGAGAUGAAGUGUGUGGGACGCGUGAUGGACCGCGCUGUGGCCAGCUACGAGCCCAAGCUGCGCCAGCUUACCUUCAAGUGGCAGCGCGGGCUGAAGAUUGGCGCCGGCACCUUCGGCAAGGUGUACACAGUAGUGAACACGGAAAGCGGGCAGCUGCUAGCCAUGAAGGAGUUAAGCAUAGGUGCAGGCGACCGCCGCGCCCUGCAGCGCGCUGCCAACGAAUUGCGCGUGCUAGAAGGCGUCAUACACCCGCACCUUGUCCGCUAUUACGGCUGCGAAGUGCAUCGGGAGGAAAUGCUGAUUUUCAUGGAGCUCUGCGUGGAGGGUUCUCUAGAAGCGCUGGUGGCGACAUCUGGCGCGCUCGCGGAGCAGACCACACGGCGAUACACCAAGCAGCUUCUCAGCGCGGUGGCUGAACUACACGCGAGGAAUAUUGCCCAUAGAGACAUCAAAAGUGGCAAUAUCUUCCUAACCAACGAAGGGCACUGCCUGAAACUAGGUGACUUCGGCUGCGCCGUCAAGAUCCGCGCCAAUACCACGGCGCCCGGCGAGCUGCAGGGCUUCGUUGGCACGCAAGCGUACAUGGCACCAGAGGUGUUUAUGAAGUCGUCAGGCCACGGGCGCGCCGCCGACAUCUGGUCGCUUGGCUGUGUCGUCACCGAGAUGGCUUCGGGCAAGCGCCCAUUCUCGGAGUACGACAGCAACUACCAGAUAAUGUUCGUGGUGGGCAUGGGCGGCCGGCCCGAGCCGCCGGGCUCGCUGUCCGAGGAGGGCCGCGACUUCUGCCACCGCUGCCUCACGCAUGACCCAGACGCGCGCGCCCGCGCCGACCAGCUGCUNAGGGCCCUGCUCACACACCACUUCCUCAUGGUGAAAGCCGACGACGACUGCAAGUGUGAGCCAGCCUUCCUCAUCACGUGAAUAUUAACUUUAACUCCAGUAGUUAACGUAGACCUCGUCCGCAGCCGGCCAGUAGUAGUUGGUGUAGACUAUAUUAAUGAAUGUAACGGGUGUAGAAUAUUCUCGUAGUUUGUUCCAAAAUAAACUUUAUAUUUGAAGCAUGCUAAAAUGAAAAAUCAAAAAAGAGUAGCAUGAAUAUGAAAUACAUAUUUAGUUUACAUUAUCUAGACUUAUGAAUGAAAUAAAGCUCAAAAUUCGGAGCGGAUAAUAUAAAUGUAAUGAUGCAAAUGAGUUGCUCAUCGACGAAAACGUACCGAGCAGAUUUUAUUAAAAUUUUAUUUUAAUUAUGAAGUAUCAUAAUAACGGAUUUUAAAGAUAUCAAAGUUUUUUAAACUUCAUGCGAUGAGCACAAUUGCGAUAAAAAAAAGAUUUUUAAUGAUAUUUAGGACUUUAUUCAAUUUAAACUGUAGCUAUAAUUUUAUAAAGGCCAGUGAUGGAUUGUCACGUAUCCUGUACUUGAGAUCAAAAUUUCUUAUACCAAAGUUGUAUAACAUUUAUUAAGUCUCGUUCUCUAAACCACAUCUAUGUAUGUAUAAGUAUAAUAACGUGGAAAUUACGAAAAAUAUUGGAAACACAAAACUAUCGUUUUGUUUGUGGAUUUUUCCAAUCUUAACAUUUUCACAACUGUUGUUUUUUUGCGAUUUACCAACUACAACUUAUUUUAAAUACUUUUUUCUUCCGUCAAAAAAAUCAAUUGUUCAUUUGAGUUCCUAAGAAAUAUUUACGUCCAUUUUUAGUACGUUCACGAAACUUUUUUAACCCUAUUUUAUACGGUAGCUUGUUAGGUUUACGAAUUACUGUUUAUUCCUAAUUUUAUCAGUCUGUAAGUGUUAAAAAUAUAAUGUUACAUUACUAUUUUUAUAUUAAAAAUAUAUUUAUAAUAUUAGAACAAGUGCAACGAAGAAUUACAUCGGUCAAUAAAAACCCCAAAAAUGCGUAAUAAAUAAUAACAAUCGGCAGUUAUAGCUAAUAUAUUUAAUAGUUUUCGCAUUUAAUAAUCUUAUAAUGAAAUAGAGAAUUAGUCAAUUAAUUAUACUUAAUAGCUAAGAUAAAAACCAGCCAGACAUUUGAGAUGAAAUGUUCUAAAUAUUUAUAAUGUAGUAGAUCUAUUAAAUGGAUCUUAUUUUUAUAUAAAUCUUUUCAUCGCUGAACUUUGCAUUUUAAGAUAUGUUCGGAUUUAUUUUUUAUUCUUCUAUUUUGCAUGCUGUAAAUAACGUAUUUUAUAAAAAUUCUAUAAAAAAAUCAAAAUAUUGAUAUUGAAUUGAAAAAUAUUUGUACAUGUAUUAUCAUGUAGCCAUUUGUAAAUCACCAAAAAAUAAAAUUGACCAUUUUACUGGUUUGGAAAUACUUGAGAGACAAGUUUCGUUAAUGAAUUAA